UCUUCGAGAACGAAGGGAAAAAGCACACACACACACAAGCGCUGACUAUUGGGCUCCCGUUGGGCCGUCGAGCGUGUGCGUGCGUGCGCCAGAGUGUGUGUUUGCGUUCGAGACGGACAGACGUCUCUUGUGGGCCUCCCAGCGCGAGUGUGCGUUUCUUGUGAUUUGGUAAAGAUGAAAAGAUAGCCGCACGGUCUGCGACGAACCGACGACGGAGCGUGUAUCACAAGCCGUAAUCUGUGCAGAAGCGUGAAUUAGGAAGGCUGUGUGCGGUGUGUGUUUGUAAGGUUGGAUGUGGGGCCUACCAGUCGGCAGCAGCAAAACGUAACAGUCUAGCGAGCGCCUGGUCCAAGCAGGCGACGGAGUGUAAAAGACGUGCACAGGCAGCACACCCACAGGGCACACUGUGUCACCGGGAGUGGUAACAGCUCCCGAGACCACGGGAACGGAACUCGAAAAAAAAAACACCCAGCCACCGUCGUCAAACAGCUUUUUGCGGUCCCCUGUGUGUACCGCCCGCAGUUGCGGAUAUCCGGAAAGCCCAGCUGUGUUCAUCGAGCCGUCGUGCGUGAAUUUGCGUGAGAGUGACCAGUGAGACGGGCGACGUUUCGUUCUACCGUUGUUUGUUGUUGUUGUUGUUGGCGAAACAAAAGACGGUGCCGAGUUUCGUUGCCUCGCAACAACACCCAUCCCCGAUCCCCACGGGCCCAUCCAAUCACGACAGUCAAACAGCGGACCCGCCAGCACUCAAUCUCACCGAGGCACAAUAUUAGUACUUGAUCUGACCUGAUCAGUCUUGUUCGUCGUGUGUUUGUGUGUGUGUGUGUUGGUGAUAUUGUGAUUCGAGGGCGAACAGCGAAAGUGUCCGUGAGUCAGAGCGGGCGGGCCAAAAGGAAGGAGAACACAAUGGUUGAUCGCUUUUAGAAAGAAAAAAACAACCCCGCACUCUGCCGUUGUGUGCGUCUCUGUGCUGUGAUUUGCUGUGCGUGGAACGACGAUCGAAAAGCCCAGUGUCCCCCAGUGAGUGUGUGUGUGUAAAACUAAUAAAACCCAUCAGCAAAGGAAUUUUGCUUGUGCAAGAGCCAGAUAGACAAAGCUUGUGUGUGUGUGUGUGUGAGUGAAGGUAAAAAAAAUCAUUUGGCGAAGCAGCAGCGAAGUUCCGAGAAGCGAGCUCCCGGCACCGCAAAACAAUCGUUUUGACAGCGCGUGAACGUGAGCAGAGGCAGCUAGUAGUGAGCGCGCGCCGCCCGCCUCGUGAGCGAACGGAAAACGUCAGGCGUCAUUCUCACCGUCGUCGUCGUCGUCGUCGCAGCGAGCAGCACAGGCACAGGCACAGGGUCGUGUUAAAAUCUGUGUCCCCGUGCGUGUGUGUUGUGUGUGCGUGUCCCUGUGCGUGUGAUUGUUAUACUACGGGAGCACAGAGCGUGAUUGACCAUCAAAUAAGAGCAGAAGAGAAAACCCGGCAGCGCGCGCGCCGCCGCCAACAGGGGCGGACCGUUUCAUCACACGCGACUCCAUCACCCACCCACCCACAGAACAGGCGCGUCCAGUUGCGGCGCGGUUACGCGAGCGAACGGUCGUUUGAAUGAACCGGCGGCAAUGGGAAUAAAGGCGAGCACCGCGAAUGGAGGACAGCAGAGUCCCCGGGCACGCACCUUCUCGACCAGCAGCAGCAGCGAUGUGGUGUCCGGCACCGCAGGCGCACCGUACGAAAUAUCGUCCGCUAAUCCCGAUCCCGAUAGUAGCUCGGCGGAAGAAAAUGCCGCGGCUAGUGCUCCGCUUGCUUUGGGAAGAGUGUACGCAACAUCACUACCUACUCAUAUCUGGUCAAUCAAUGGUAUAAAAUGUCCAGUAUGUAGCAAAUUUGUGACGCCUGACGACAUCGAGUGUCAUUUAGUAAUGUGCCUAACGAAGCCUCGCCUAUCAUAUAAUGAGGACUGUUUAACCGACGCAAAGGGCGAGUGUGUCAUUUGCUUAGAGGAUCUAUCUCCUGGUGAUAUCAUUGCUAGACUUCCGUGCUUAUGCAUCUACCAUAAAGUAUGCAUCGACAAAUGGUUUGAAGUGAAUCGUAGCUGCCCGGAACAUCCGGGCGAUUAGUGGAAUUCCAAUUUGUAACGAAAAAACAAACACAGCAACAUCAGCCGCAGCAGCAGCAGCAGCAGCAGUAGUAAUGAAUUUGCAAGAAAUGAAACUUUAAACUGCAAGAAGCCGUACUACACCCCACGCCCCCUUCCCGGCCGGCCACCGAACAUCUUUUUUUUAUUUUUAGGGGGAGGGGGAGACACAGAGAGAGAGAGAGAGAGAAAGAGAUCGUGUGAAAGAGGAGAUGAGCUCGAUUGUAUGUGCGGUGUGGUGUGCAUGUGCGCCUGAAAGGACAUUAAAUGGAACGGCGCGAAACAGGAAUCACGGAAUUAGUAGGACGGUACGACGCUUCCCGGCAGCAGCAGCAACACGAGCGAGCAUGGUGACGGAGGGUGACGCAGCAUGCCGACGGUGGAAUGGUGCGGCAACUACCAGCACGUAAAACACUGCGGGACGUUCAAUGCUGUUGAUGGUGUUUUUUGUUGUUGUUGUUGUUAAUGUUUGUUAUCGAAACCCGUUUGUUAUUUGCGCAGAGCGUCAGCAAGGUAGGGACAAGAGAAGAACGUCCCGUCCGAGACGGGAUGGGCAGGAGGCAGGGUUUCUUUUUUCCGUUCCGACUGUUCCCAGUUACAAUUUUUAUCGCCUCGGCCAUUGCUUUGACUAUUUUCCAUAUUGAUUACGCAACAACAAAAAAUACACACAAUUACACCUUACCGUUUCUUACGUAGACCCGAUCGGUUUAGCUUACUUUACUUUUGCACACCGAGCACGCUCGCAGCGCAACUAAACCCCAUUUGCUCAACGCCCAACGGACGAAAUAGCGGUGCAAAAUUGGACAUUUAAAUCCGCUUUUUUGGUUUUGUUUUGGGAUUUUUUUUAAAUUACUAUUUUAUUUUCUCUUUCCCCUUAAUACGCGCGUCAAAUUCAGCACGAAAAAAUAAGGACGCACUUUACAUUGGAUUACUUCUUUUUGUCCUCGUAAUUUACCACCUCAUCGGUUUAGGGCGACGCUGACAAAAUCGUUUCUAAAGCGCUUGGAGGUCGGCGGCGGUGGUGCAGUACCCCCCAGUAACCAAGAUCUCUUCUUGUUCUGUGCAAGGCAAAAUAAAAAAAACUAAACGAAAUGAAGAAAAACACACACACACACAGGUGUAAAACAUUCGUAAAUAGAGGUGGAAACAUUCUUUUUGGCGUUGGUGCCCCUCUCGGGCUCCAGAGCACGCUCUUUAGCCGGGCCCAAGGUAGAAAAGCGAAAAUAGGUGGCGCCCGCAAAAAGAAAACGAUUAAAAAAAAAACAAAAAAACAAAACAAAACAAAUGCAGCAAAAAUGCAACACCCAACUAGCUAGUGACAUAUGUCAAAAAAAAAUGGAAGAGAAAGGCAGAGAAACAAUUAAAACCCAUUAAAAUAUAGCUCUUGUACAUAAAGGCUCUAAUUAGUGUACAGCAGGACGGAUGAUUGGAUGGACCGGACACAGACACACACACACAUACACACACAGGCAGCGGUGUGAGGAAGAAGCUGAGUGCCCAGAGUGUGUGCAAGGGGUAUCGUUUGCCUGGUCAGCCGAGAAGCAAACAAAAAAGAAAGAAAAAAAAGGCGGCAGCAAGCAAUUUUUGGUACACAGUCAGAGGUAGUACGCGCAAAAUUGGAGCAAACGUGCCUGAAAGCAGCGAACUGGGCAGAAUUUACCCCCCCGCACACACACACACUUAUACACCAGGAUCAUUUAAAAAAAACAAAAAAAAUCUACUGAAAGCGGAGCUUACCAACAAGCAGAAUGCAAACAAAAAAAACAAAAUCAGACAAAAAAUUAGGAAAAAUUAACAGAAAGAGAGAGUGAGAGAGAGAGAGAGAGAGAGAAUGAAAAACAAGAACUAUGGGCUUUCAAAUGCUAGUGGAAAAAUUGCUGCGUGUGGCAGGGAAUUUGCUGCUGUGAGGGAGAGGGGGUUGCUUGACUGCCUGCUAGCGCUGCCAACUGUUCGCUGCUGGUUAGAACUGUGCGCUCGGGGUAAGGGGUCGGUAUUGUAGUGAAUGGAAUUAUUGUUUUUUUUUUUAGAGUGUGUAGAAGAGAGAGACAGAGAGAGAGAGAGAGCAGAGAGAUAAGGAGAGAAAUGGAAGCUCCCAGAGGGGGGGGGAGGGGCAUGUAUAUAGUAGGCACAAUAGUCAGAGGCAAAAGAGAGAGAGAGAGAGAGAGAGAGAGAGAGAGAGAGAUCGAGAGAGAGAGAGAGUCAAGGUGCUAAACAUAACCGAAAUCCAGGCGAAAAAAAAGGAAGAAAAAAAAACAUUUGAGUAGUGCAUUGCGGAUAGGAGGGAAUGGGGAGCAGGAAGGUAGUGUGCGGCGAGCCAUGAAAUAAGGGACGCAUCUAUAGAGCAAUAUUAAUUAGCAGGGAGAACGAAGUGGAGCGAGGCCGGCAACAGAACUGUUUAACCCUUCCCCUCCCUCCUCCCCCCCCCCCCUAACAUGUGGGAGCGGCCGCUAAGUGUGAUACGAUAGUUGGUUUAUUGGUAAGUUGGGCGGGCGGCAGCAAGAGUUCACGAAGCCUUUUUGUGCAAAACGAAACGAAAAGCAGACGCAAAACCCAUUUUCUCUAAAAGAGAAAGAGAGAGAGAGAGAUAGGGGAAUUGAAGGCAGAGAGAAUGAAUUAGUAAAAUAGCUGGCAUAAAUGGCAAUCCAAGGGAGGGCGGGGCGGCGGAAUGAUAACAUUAUCUCUCACACACGUGUUAGUGGUAUCGACCUUAUAGCUUUAGACAGAGAGAGAGAGAGAGAGAGAGCGCCGAAGAGAAGAAGCACGUUAAAGGAAAAUUAAACGAUACCUAGAAAUAGGGCCCACCAUAGGAGAGGGAACCACACCACAACGCCCCAGAAAAGAAGUUACAGCAACAAAAAAAAAACAAAGCAAAAAACAAAGAAAAAGGGAAAAGAAAAGCAGUGGGGGAUUUGGUGGAGGGAGGAGGUCGUGCGUUGUGUGUCAUACCUUUUUGUGUUGUGUCCCGCGGAUGUCGCGGAGUAGUCAAAACGUGUUGUUUUACAAAAGAAAACAAAACAAAAAAACGAUCCCGAUCACACAUUGCAGCCAGAGCGAGAGAAAAAAAAGAGAGAGAGAAUUGUUGGCGUGAAGAGUAAAAAAAAUAAAAACUAAACAAACACACCCAUACGUAAAAGCGAAGGCAUUCGACAUAUGUAGAACAAAACACAAACAUAUUAACAUACAUUUUAAGGCUUUAUUAUUGAUCGGGAGAGAGAGCGACAGAGAGAGAGAGAGAGAGAGAGAGAGAGAGAGAAAAGAGAGAAAAGAGAGAAAAGAGAGAAAAUAGAGAAAAGAGAGAAAAGAGAGAAAGACACACAUAGAGGGACACAACAGCCGUAGAAGUUAACUGAUCGGAGAAAACCCAGAAGAUAGAAAUUAGUAACAAAAAAGCGAAAAGGACGAGAGAAACACACAGCAACAAAAUUGAUAAGAAAAAUUGAGCUAAGAUUUAAUUGCAGGGGGAGAAAACACAUACAUACAAAACACACAUACACACUGUGAGAAGCGUUACUUGAUUGUGAUUAAUUGUGCAAAUGUUUGGUUUUUAUUAUUUUUUUUUAAACUGUAUUUUGCUACUCUUCUUAUUUUUUAAUGUUUUGUUUUUACUCUUAAACGCAUGAACAACCAAACAACCAAACAAAUUAACAAAAUACUUGCAGCGGUAAGAACUUUUACCUUAUCGGCGUUACUUGUUUCGGUUUUCAUUUCGUUUUUAGCGUGUACUCUUUCUCUUUGAUUUGUUUGUUCAUGGUUUUUGCGUGACAAAACAAAACAAAAAAAUCGUGAGAGAGAAAAGGAAAAAAAACACACAGUGUGAUUAAUCAAUUUGUGUAGGAAAAAACAAAACGGAAACGCGCUGGAAGGUUGUUUUACAUUCUUGUUCGUUGGGGGAUUUUGUGCUGCGCUGUGUGACGGAAAGUGUGUGUGUGUGUGAGAGCGAAAGAGAGAGAGAGAGAGAGAGAGAGAGAGAGAGAGAGAGAGGACGGAAAAGCGGGUUUUUGGCGCGUCGAGAACAUUGGAAUGAAACCCAGCGGGGGCUACAGAGAACGGGGGAUGGGAUUUAAGCCGAAUAUAAUAUAGAAUUAAACGAAGAAGAAAAAGAAGAAGAAGAAGAAAAAGAAGAAGAAGAAGACGGUCGGUAAACGCGGGACGUGCGCGUAUUGUGUGGGUGCGUUGAACGGACGCACGACGAGAUCUGCUGUAAAUAAAAAAACAAACUUUACACUUUGAA